AUGGCUUCUAACACCAUCUCUCAACUCCCUACCGCAGAGCAACGUCAAGACAUCACCGCCCGCUUGGCAGACCUCAUCACAGCCAUCGAGUCUCAUGCUCAAUGGACUCCCCCCAAUGUUGACCGUGGCCUCUUCCACGUCUGGGACUUCGUCAAGAGAUCUCAUUAUAUCAUGACCGAGCUGGACAACAUUGCUGCUGGUCGAAAAGUCCAGCACCCUGAACAAAUCCCCAAGAACGAAGGUGUCGCUUCUGGCCCUGAAGCUGCCCUCGCUUCCUACACCGACGUUUGCACACGUACCAUCACGAUCAACGAGAUGAUUCAAAAUCCUCGUAUGCUCGUCAUGCUUGGCCUCUCCAACGUCGACUUUGGCGCCGCUAUUCAAGAAAAAUCAGCAGCCGUCAAGGAGGCGAUCAAGAGCGCAAACUAG